AUGAAAAGAAUUUAUAAAAAAGGUCGAUGUCGUUAUUGUGGCAAAGCAAGACACACCAAAAGAAAUUGUCCAAAGAGAGCUGCUGCUGCAGAGGCUGCCGCUGCACAACCCACUGCUGCUAAUGGUGGUAAAGGUCAGGCCAACUCUGCUGCCCUUGUCCUACAAGCCCCAACUAAAAUCAAUCUUGAACUAAGUCAACCACCCUUGUCAGCAACUGAUGACUCUCAACAGAUUCAACUUUGUGAUAUUUGUGGUGAUGUCAGUUUUUUUGAGAGAUUCAGUUGUGUGGAAUUAACUUCGAUUGACAUGGAUAUUGAUGUUUCAAGCCAAAUGGAUUUCGACCUUUACUCAAGCGAUAAUGAUGAAGAGUCAUCUGAGAUGUCGUUGGGUGUAUGUGGUUCUUCAGGGUCCUCUGAUGAUGAUGAUAGUACUAGCUUAUUUGGCAUGGGAACCAUUUUCACUUCUGAGGAGGAGGCUUACAAUGCUUACAAGGGGUUUGCCUGGACAAGGGGUUUUGGUGUUUGCAAGGGGGAUGUGGGACGGGUUGAUGGUGUUUUGGUGAGGCGGGACAUCUUCUGUCAUCGUCAGGGCACGAGGAGUGACAAGCAUUAUGAUCGGCCAGAACGAGUAAGGGAGGAGCGGCUAGAGAGUCGCACGAACUGCAAAGCAAAAUUAAAAAUAUACUAUGAUGUCCAUGAUAAUGUGUGGAGAGUGCGAAAGAUUAUUGAUGAACACAACCACAACAUGGCCCCGACCGCAGUUUGCAACCUGUUGCCAAGUCACCGAAAAAUGAGCGACGGGGAUAAGGCUCAAGUGAAUAGCAUGAAGCAAUUCAAAAUCCCUACCCCGAAGAUAAUGGCUUACAUGGCAGGCCAAUCGGGUGGCUACAACAUGCUUCGAUUUUCAAAAAGGGAUUUGUACAACUAUGAUGAGGAGGUCCGCACUUACAGAUGGGUUCCGCUAAACCUUUUGGAUGUUAUGGGUCAAAGAACACCGAACCUUGUUGUGACGGAUGGGAAAAAGGCAAUGCGCGCUGCCAUUGCGGAGGUGAUGCCUUCAGCCAUGCACAGACUAUGUGCAUGGCAUCUGGAGAAAAAUUGUGUCCAACGGGUAAAGGAAGCUAAAUUUUGGAAAGUAUUCAAGAAGGUUAUCUAUGCAAACUUUGAUUUUGACGACUUGGAUAGGGUCGUGAAAGAUUAUCAGAACAAUGAGGUUACUGCACAAUUUUACUCCAUUUAUUACACACCCGUGUUAAAUACUGGAUUAGAUGCAAUAGAGUUGUCUACGUCGAAGCUGUAUACAAGAGCUGUUUUUAGGGAGGUUAAAAAGCAAAUCAAGGGUGUCGCAACACUAUUGUUUCAGGGAAGGGAGAGCAUCAGCAUGACCAUCGUGUAUAGCUUUAGUAAAAUGGGUAGACCAGAUCGUGUAUUCAAGGUUUUGUAUGAUCCGAAUGACCGUAAGAUUGAGUGUGAGUGUAAGAUGUCGGAUAGUUAUGUUAUACCGUGUUCCCAUAUAUUUUGUGUCAUGAAGUACGAGGGUAUGGAGGAAAUUCCUGAAACACUUGUCCUUAGGCGCUGGUGUAAGAUUGCAAAAGAUUGUACAACGUUGAAAAUGGAGAAUGAUUCAAGGGAACAGGCAAGACUGCUUCGAUAUAAUGCACUAUACUCAACUUUAUCCCAUGUUGUUACACUUGGUUGCAAAGAGGUUGAAGAUUUUGCGCUUGCACAGGAUGCUAUAUCAAACCUGGUUGAUAUAUUGCAACAGCGCUGUGUGAAAAAGGAUGGUAACAAGGUUUUGCCCAACAACUGUGCGGUCAAAGACCCUACGAUGGCAGCUACAAAGGGUGCACCAAAGCGAGAAAAAACCAAUUUAUGUGCCUCAGAGGAGGAGCCUAAACCAAAGAGGCAUUGUUGCACUAAGUGUGGGGUCCCCGGACAUACAAGAAGAUUAUGUGCAAGCCACGAUGCGAAGGCUGUACCAACGGGAUCAAAAGCACCAUCAUCAGCUUUCGCUGAGUCUUCAUUCGCCAAUGUAAAAUCCACAAAAUAA